AUAUCACGUGUCUGGUAAUCCUUCCGCCAUUUUGGUUUCAAAUUUGCCGGGAUUGGAAGUGUAGAUCGUCAGUACAAAAAGUAUUUUUGUUUCGAGAUUUGUCACUUUGUCUAAUCAGUACUUAAGCAUUUUAGUUUAGUACCACGUAGAAAAAUAUGAGCGAUAUCGAUCCAAAUAAAAUGAAAGUAGUAGAAUUACGAGCUGAAUUAGCAGCCCGCAAUUUGGAUACUAAAGGUAACAAAGCGGUACUUGUGAAACGUUUGAAGAUUGCACUCAACAAAGAAACUGGAAAUUUGGAUGCGAGUGGUGAUGACGGUGCAGAUAUGUCAAUGGAUGCUGAUGCUUCGUUAGAAGAUUCACAAUUAAUAGAUGAAGAGGGUCAAACAAAAGAUGAAUCUGAAGUAAAUAGUGGUGCUGGUGAAGCUUAUAUUCCUGAAGAACCAACUACUGAAGAUGAAUCACAAGCUAAAGAUGAAGAAGAUGAAGAACAGAAUGAUAUUCAGGAGGAAGAAUGUGAAGGAACUGGUGAUCAAGAAAUGAAAGAGGAAGAUGAAGAGGAAAAGAAAGAAAACUCUGAAGAAAAUCAGAUAGAUGGUGAAAAUGAUGCAAAAGAUCAAGGUGCAAUUAUUAUAGACUCAGUACCGGCUGAAGAAGCUCAGGAAAAACAUGGUGAAAAGAGAAAAAGAUCAAGAUCACCAAAUGAUAAACAGAGGCAUCGUUCUCGUUCUCGCAACAGAGAUCAUUCUCGAAGGCAUUCCCGAGACAGAGGUCAUUAUAGAUCACGAUCAAAAUCUCCUGCAAAAAUAGAAACAGAACCAGAGGAACCAUUUGAUGAUACACUUGUUGCAUUAGAUAAAUAUAAUUCUGACUUAAAUUUGCAAAUAGAUAAAACACGUUAUUCUGCACAACCUUUGACUACAGCUGGUUUCCCAUUUAUGUGGGCAGGAGCCAGAGCAUCAUAUGGAAUAAAGACUGGCAAAGUUUGUUUUGAAACAAAGGUUGUAAAACAUCUUGAUGUAAAUCUUCCUGCUGAUGAGCCAAAUCCUCAUGUUGUACGUGUAGGAUUUUCUACGGAGAAAAGUUCUAUGCAGUUAGGUGAGGAACCAUUCACUUAUGGAUAUGGUGGCACUGGAAAAAUGUCAACAAAAUGUGAAUUUAAAGAUUAUGGCAGUAAUUUUGGAGAAGGUGAUGUUGUUACAUCUUUUUUGGUAAGUUAGUUUUUAAAAAUAUUUUU